GGAGGGAUAGAUAAUUGGAUAAUUUGUGAGGAAUUAUAACUUUUAUAGAUGGAGGCAAAGGAGAGCCAGGAGGAGAAAGAAGAAAUAUUAAUUCUUAAGAAAACUGACAGAAUUAUUAAAGACAUCUAUUCAGCUGCUCACCAGGAUUCAAGAUACCCAAAAGAAUACCCAAACAAGAGUGUUUUACUUUUACUUGGAUGGAGUAUUCUUUGCAGCAAUUUUGCAAAGAGAAUACACUCUAUCACAGCUCCAAAACUUCAAAAGAUAUCAUUUCCUUGCUUUCAAAACAAAGAUAAAAGUGUUCUGAAUUUCAUAAUCUAUUGUUUUCCUAGUAAAGUGAAUUGUCUCAAAAUGUAUUGAGAGAGUGGACUUACUAAAUUUAGAAGCUAUUUCCCUGAAAUAAUCAGAAACUCUUGAAGAGUUCAAAACAAAGUGAACUUUACUGGUUUCAGAAUAAACCAAAAGCAGCUCCAAAGAAUCGUUUCUGCAUUCAGACAUGUAAAAUCUUUGAGCAUUAAUAACUCUAUCAUCUCAAUACCUAAAGCGCCUGACUUCACCCAUGCAUUAGACAAAACAAGAAUCAAUAAGUUGAUUUUUGAUUCAUGUAAAACUGUGAAUAGAAGCAACUGGGCCAAUAAUCCUCACGAAUUUGCAAAUCUCAUUGAAGGAUUGUCUAAAUCUCAAAACCUCAAACAAACCCUACACUACUUUAGCUUCAAGAAAUGCAACCUCGAACAGACCCCAACGAGGAGAAUCCUCAACACACAUGGUUUCCUAACCACAACCCUUAUCCUCUAAUUCUCUCCCUCAAAACCUCU